AUGGCUCAUACACCGGGGUCUUCCAAAUCUAGACCCUUUGCUGGCAAGGGUUGUCGACCUACCCGCUAUCCAUCUAUGCUCGUAUUUCCUCCAGUUUUUUUUUUCUACCAGUUAUAAUUGACGCGUUAAACUCACCAUUUUUCUUUUUUUCUUCUUCUUCUUUUUUUUUUUUUUUUGAAUAUGAGAAGAUACAGCUUUCGGCGAAUAGAUUUAAAAUUACUUAGAAACAAAAAUUUUUAAGUGUAUAAUGUAGAUUUCUUUUAACUGAUAGACACAAUAAAAAUCAGGAUACGGAUAUACAAGAAAUUGCAACUGUCUGGGGGAAAAAAUACUACUAAGAAAAAUAUAUAUGCUUUAUUAUUCGUCAGAAAUUUCAUCGUCCUCGGCAGAUUUUGUUUUCUCUUCCAUCUUCGUUCGUGCGAUUAGCUCCUUAGCUGGAUUAAACACACCGUUCGUUUGUACAUUGCAUAUGUAACAUCUUGUACUUUUCCUGUAAUGCUCUAAAGCACAUUUCUCGCAAAAAUAAUGUUUGCAUCUGAAAGAAUAAAUUCGUCUCGUAUAUCUUACGUCUGACUGGAAUUUUUGUAGAGUGUAAUAUUUUAACACAUACUUAGUAACGACAGGAUCUGUAAAACUAUUCCGGCAAAUGAAACAUUUAAACGGCAACGUCUCUUCAUCGCUGUCGAUUUCGUAUUUCUUAUCAUCUUCGUCUCCGCUAUUAUUGUAUUCUCCUGUAGCAGCUUCUCUUUCUAACUGCCAACCCAAUUUGUAAUCUGAUCGAUCAUGAAGAAAUUUACAGCUGUCUGGAAUUGAAAUGAAAUGAAGUAGAAUAAAUGAUUAAUCUUUUAACAGCUACGAAGGUUUUAAAUAUAUUUACCUCCAAAACCACAAAAACCAGUUUCUUUAUAAUCUUUACAAAUAUCCGGUUGAUAGUCCCAUCUAACAGUUGCUCUGAGAUUGGACGGUGCCCUGAUUGGUCCUUUGCGAACCAUACCACUGGAAGCAUUUCCAGCAGCUGUAUCUUUUUUCUUGUAAUAUUGAGCAUAAUUGUUCAAACCCCUAUAAAUCUUGUCGUCUUCUUUUCCUUCAAGUUCCUAAGAUAAACAUUAUUAUCCUCCUAUGAUACUGUUCUAUCCUCAGAUAUAUCUGCGUCGAGUUUUUAUACUUACUUCAUUAAUUUUCUGAGCUUUCUCAAACAAAGCUUGAGCAUCUUUGUCUUUCUCUGUCUCUGUUUCCAAAAUUGCUGUUGCUCCUUGAUCGCUUGGUCCUGCUGGCAUAGGAGUUCUAGAACUCUUGUAAGACACUGUAAUGCUUUCUUCCUCGCUGCUAUCAUUGUCAAUAUCUUUCUGUUGAUCUUUUAAUCUCUUCGUAUUAGUCUGCAAAAUGCUGUAUUUACAACAAGUUUCCAUUUUUGUUAACAUUUGAAUUUCAUUGAACAUUAUAAUCUGCUUAAUAAUAGAGGCAAACAUAUGGUUCUACCUAAUACUUACACUUUGUUUCAUAGGAUUAUUAUCGUCUUGUUUCUUCUCCUUCUUAACCACUGUAGUUUCAUCCUCACUGCUCUCUAUUUAAGAAAUACAACAAAAUACGUUAUUACUUAUAGGCAAUAAACAUAACCUAUAGAUAAUACUAAUCGAGUUUAUAUAAUGAAAUUACAGCCCAUUGGAACGUUAGAAGAAAAAUCUGAUGUUUCUCGAUUGUACUUACCAUUUCCGUCAUUUGCUGUUUUGCGUUUUCUGGCCGCAGUGCUUCGGAUUUUCCUCCUUUUAAAUAAAAACGUGCAAUUUUUCUUGUCUGUGUUGGAUUCUGCGUCUUCCAUAUUUGUUUUGUAAACAACCUGGUUCCAGUGUUUCUAUAAUUUUAAAAUUCAAUAUUUCCCAAGUAUCUUAGAAUCCGUAAAAAUACUAUCUCGAUCCUUUGAUCGGCCAACCGAUAACGAAAUAACCGAGUUAAAUCUUUCAGUAAGUACGAUCUGAAGGUACUGUACACAUCUUCUGCUAAAAUUAAUAGGUUAUAUUUGGCUAAUCAGAGAUGCUAUAUGAUCAUCAAAUUUUAUCUCAAAUUCUGUGACAAAACGAAAUUAUGAAUGAAAUAAUUUUAUGGAUAAGAUAUAAAUAGAAACUCAUUGUUUCAUCAUAUUUUAAUCCAUAGAAAAAGAUACUUAACGAGAAUUAAUAGUGAAAUUUUGGCGCAUUUUAGAGAAGUUAAUAUGAAUAAGAAAAAUAUGGCAAUUGAUUUCCAAGAUAAUAUGAUAUUGUUAACAAGGAAAUAUUUAAAACGUAAGAUUAUGUGUCCUGAGACAAAGUUCAGGCAUCAUGUUAAAGAAAGAAUGCAUAUAUUAGAGUUGUUAAAAAGAACAGUGGAAAUGGGUGAAAGUAAUUCUGCUUUGUUAAUUGGACCUAGGGGUAGUGGAAAAACAACAUUGAUAAACAGUGUUUUAAAAGAAUUGUCGUAUAUAAAAAGUUUUAAAGAGAAUGCAUUGAUAGUGAAUCUUCAUGGUCUUGUUCACACUGAUGAUCGCUUGGCUUUGAAAGAUGCUACACGUCAAAUGCAGUUGGAAAAUGUGGUUGGUGAUAAAGUUUUUGGCACUUUUGCUGAAAAUUUAACUUUCCUUCUUGAUUCUUUGAAAUCAGGCGAUAAGAAACGUUCCAAACCAGUUAUUUUCAUAUUAGAUGAGUUUGACUUGUUUUGCCAACACAACAAUCAAACUCUGUUAUAUAAUUUGUUUGAUGUUGCUCAAUCUGCACAAGCUCCUAUAUGUGUGAUUGGAAUGACUUGUAGAUUAGAUGUUAUAGAACUCUUAGAGAAAAGAGUUAAAUCAAGAUUUUCUCAUCGACAAAUAUUUUUAUUUCCUGGAGAUACAUCAUCUUCAGAACAACCAACAUCUGCCUUUGAUGAUCGUUUAGAACUUUUUCAACAUCUUUUAAGUCUUCCUGACGAUGAGAAUGUAAAUAGGAUAGAACAUCAAUAUGAAGAUUGUACAAUAGACCCACAGUUUGGAUCUGUGUGGAAUGAAUAUAUAAAAAGUUUAGUUAGUAAUGUUACUAUGGUGAAUCUAUUAAAAAGAAUGUAUCAGAUCGAUAUUAGUGAAAGAAGCUUUAGAAACUUUUUAGCAAUGGCUGUUUCUACAUUGUCAGAGAAGCAUCAGAGACUAGAAGUAAAUGAUUUUGUAGAAGCAAGCAAAAUGUUUGCCCAAGAUGAUAAGGUGCUAAUGCUUGAGGGAUUGUCUGUAUUAGAAAUGUGUUUAAUAAUAUCAAUGAAACAUGAAACAGAAAUUUAUGAUGGGGAGCCAUUUAAUUUUGAAGCAAUUUAUAAUCGUUACAUAAAAUUUGCUAAUCAAAAUUCUUCUAUACAAACUGUUCAAAAGCCUGUUAUUAUGAAAGCAUUUGAACAUAUUAAGAAUUUAGAAUUUUUAUUGCCAGUGGGUGGUAUGAAUUCAAAAGUUGAGAAAGAAUAUCAAUAUUAUAAAUUUUUGCUCACCCCGCAGCAAGUUCUAGAAGCUGUAAAAAAUUAUUCUGGAUUACCAACAGAGGUGGCUCAAUGGGCAGUAAUUAACAUGUAAUCAUGGAUUAUUCAUAAAAUUGCAGAUACUAAAGUUACAUCUAUAAUGUAAUUAGUUACUUGCAAUUUUAGCCAACAAAUAAGUAUUUUGCAGAAUAAGUAUGAAAUUUGUAUUUUUUUAAAUGUAUUUUUUUUUUACUUUAAUUAUUUAUUUCAAAAAGCUGAAGUUUGUUUCCUAUACUAUAUUUUGUAUAAGCAUCUUACACAUAUAUUCAUUUCAUUUCAAAAUCAUAUAAUUUUACAUACAUAAAAUUAUUAGUGUAGUUAGUAGUAUUAAAAGAAUAUCAAGUAUUUUGUAAAAAUAACUAUGGUAUCUAA